AUGAACAUGGCCUCUUCGAGCCAACAGAUUCCCUUCUCAAAGGAGGUUAAGCAAGCCCACCGCCGAAACCCGCGUCUGAUCGAGGAUGCCCUUCGCUCUCUCUCCCAGGACCAAGUCGAAGAGGAACAGACGCUGGACUACAUCACCGACUUGGACAUGAGACGAGAUCUGUUUGAGGAGUGCAAAGACAGGGACGAUAAUCGGUGUAUCUUCUCCGGCGCGCCUGACCCCGAGGCGGCGCACAUUUUCCCCCACGCCAUCUUAGAGAAACGGAAAUUCGAGAAUAUACAGAGGCUACUGACCAUGUUCUGGGGCUUUCACGAAGCCCGGAGAUGGUCGCAAGCGUACGAAAGCCGAAACAUCGCCGAAUCCGCUCGCAAUCUUCUUUCCCUCACACCAACGCUACAUAAAUGGUUCGACGAUGCAAAAAUGGCCAUCAAACCCCUUCGCCAGACCAAUGACUCGAUUGUUCUUCAAAUACAUUGGAUGAAGGAAACAACCUUUAAGCCGUCAGAUAGCCUGCCAAGACGCAGCAUCAAUCGGAUCUUGGAGCAAGAAGGUCUCUUGGACAGGCCAAGCUGGGGUUCGAGGCGAUUUUUCCGCCCAAGUGGUCUCCCACUGAUGACGGGGCAAACUUUUACGAUCACGUCCGAGGACUCCGACCUUCCGGAUUUUGAUCUGCUCGAGCUGUCUUGGAAUCUUUUGCGUGUAGGCGCCUUAUGUGGCGCUGCGGAGGAGAGAGACGGAGGAGACGAGGAACAGUUCCCUGGUGGCGAUGCGGCGGAAGUCCCUGGCAGUGACUGGGGAGAGGGCUUGGAGAUGGAGGGAGAAGAUGAAGCGUGGGACGACGUAGGAGCAAGCUUUAAACGGUCGCGGUAG